AUGGCCAAUUCCAAGUACGAAUAUGUCCGCAGCUUCGAGCGCGAGGAGGUGCUGCUGCCGAACACGUGGAUCGUGGUGCGCAUCGACGGCCGCGGGUUUCAUAAACUCUCCGACCACUACGGCUUCCGCAAGCCGAACGACGUCCGUGCCCUUCGUGUCAUGAACGCCGCGGCCACGCACGUCGUCGCGGCCAUCCCGGACAUCGUCCUCGCAUACGGCGUGUCGGACGAGUUCAGUUUCGUGUUCCACCGCGCCGCCACGCUGUUCGACCGCCGCCGCGACAAGCUCGUCUCCACCGUCGUCAGCGCCUUCACCGCCGCGUAUGCGCUGUCCUGGGAUUGUUUUUUUGGUCCUAGAGGUAGUGAUGAUGCAGGAGGAGACGAAGGCCAGGUCGGUCAGGGGGACGAACGGGAACGACAGCCUAGAGGAAAGGAGGAGGAUAGUCGGAAUGCUACGAGGUUGAGCAUGGACAUGUUGCCGACCUUUGACGGCCGGGCCGUCUGUUACCCCUCCUGGGCCAACUUGAGGGACUAUCUGAGCUGGAGGCAGGUUGACUAUAAGAGAAUCUCCCCUUUUUCUCCCGCUUCUUACGUCCGAGACGAGUGGUUUCCUGUCGCGAUCUACACAAAUCCCAUCAAGAGGCCCAAAGUGAUGGCUCCCCCACUUACUUUCCUUUCCCCCUUCCCGCCACUGACCGGGGCCACAAUCGACAACUGGUGCCACAUCAACAACCUCUACAACACGACCUUCUGGGCGCUGGUGCAGCAGGGCGGCAUGACACACGCCGCCGCCGAGGAGUCCCUCAAGGGCACCGUGGCCGGCGACAAGAACGAGAUCCUGUGGUCGCGCUUCGGCAUCAACUACAACAACGAGCCCGAGAUGUACCGGAAGGGCAGCGUCGUGUUCAGGGAGUAUAUGCUGGAAGUCCUCGGCGGUGAGGGGAGCGGAAGGAGAAAGAGUAAAAGAGGAGAGGAGCAGGAAAUGGAGGCCGAAGACGACGACGACGACGACGACGACGAACGAUCUGGAGUCUCCAAGUCGGCCAUGUCCAAGACGCAAGCGGAGAAGAUGCGCAAGGCGCGGAAGAAAGCCAAGGUGGUCACGAGACACGUCGACAUCAUCCGCGACGAGUUCUGGAACCAGAGGCCCUGGCUCCGGAGUGGGAAGCCUGGAAGACCGGUUUUAGGUGAUGAAGCAGGAAAUGCGGCGGAUGCGGGAGGUGGGUGA